CCUCCUCCUCCUCCUCCUCCUCCUCCUCCUGCUGCUGUGUCUGCUCGCCUCACCGCCGGCUCCUCCGCUCCUCUCAGGUCUCCGCCGCUGUGUCCGGGAUGGGCUCAGUACCGGAGUGGGUGCUUAUCACCCUGAUCGCCACGCUGGUCGCCCUCCUCCUCCUCACGCUGUUCGGGCUGGCUGUGUACUCGGGGCUGCUGACUGAGGUGGAGGUGAGAGCCGGGCCGCCCCCAAUCCGUGGGGUGGUCGUUGCCUACAAGUUCCGUGUGGGGCCCUAUGACGAGAGCGGGAACCUGUAUACAGAGAGCGUCAGCCUGGCCCCCAAACUGGUGUCCGUAGGGGUCUACUACGACAACCCCAUGAAGGUCCCUGUCGAGUUCUGUCGAUACAUUGUGGGCAGCAUCCUCAGCGAGGGCGAUGAAAAACCACUCCCCGAUCACGUCCGGAUAUUUCGUAAACAUGGCUUCAAGUUCUGCGUGUUGCCUGAAGUUAACCACGCUGUGAUGGCUACGUUUCCUUACACGACUCCAUUCUCAAUACAGCUGGCCACCACCAGGGUGCACCCUGCACUGGAGAAAUACGUCAAGGAGAGGAAGCUUUGCGCUCACCCUUAUGUGGAGAUCUAUAAAGGUGAUAAAAUAAUUUUUAUGUGCCCACUGUCUCGCCAAGAUGAUUUCUACGUACCGGAGAUGAAAGAGCUGUUGAGGAAGGAAAGAGGAGAGCCACCUCUGCCUGAGUCUGAAGGUGCUGAACUUGACCCCCUGUUGCUAGAGGACACGUUAAGCCUGGAGCUGGUGUCAGAAAAUCAGGAAGAAACAGAGGCUGAAGGUUCCCAGCCGAAAGAGAAAAGUGACACUGAGAAAAGCCCCAGCGAAUCGGGGGCAAGUGCAUCAUCCUUUGAAGAUCUGGACCUGGAUGGCAACACGGCAGCCAUCAAAGCCCAACAGGAUGCAAAAACAGAAUGGAGUAAAAUGCCAGAGAACUGGGAUAAAGAAAAAGCAGAGGAAUGACUGAUAGACUGUAAAUGGAUCCUUGUAGAUGUCGCCAUGAUUAUAGCCGUUAGUAAACCUUUCACAUAGCGACAGAAAGCGAUCCUCCCACCCGUACACAUUCACAUCUGGAGGCGGCAGUGCAGAUAACAGUUCUCCAGCAGGGAGGAUGUUUAGUUUACAGACAGUUACUGAGUUUAUUUGCAGAAAAAUUAGUUUUCUUUCUUUUUUAUUUAUUUUUUUGUUUUGUUUAAAUUUUUUAACUUUUUGUAUUAAAUAACCAACUUUCCAGCUUGGAAAAUACUUCAGCUGCCUUUUUUUGGCAAGGUGAAUAUUGAGUGGAGAGCAAGGGCUGUGGGACGAGGGAGAAGAUAGUAAUUUAAAGACAACUCCAAUUUGUUUCACAUAUAUUGAUGCAUGUACAGAAGAAAACGUUUUAUCCUCAGGGAGUUGGCCAGUAUCAAGGUUGAAGAAAAAGGUUUAGGAAUAAACCACACAAGACGAAGAUACUCCCCUGCUGUGCCCUAAUAUAGCUUGGCUUGGGGUUAGGGAGGGAAAUCGGAGUGAUACUGUCAUGGCCAAAAGUUUUAAGACUGACACAAAUUUUGGUCUUCACUAAGUUUGUUGCUUCAGUGAUUUUUAAAUCCCUUUUUAGUCAGAUGUUUCUGUAGGUUCUGCAGUACAAUUAUUAGCAGGUCAUUGUUUUUACUUUUUAUUAACGAAUACAACAAGUUUAUGCAGAUUCUCAAUAUUUAUUGGUUUUCAAACAACUGAACAACAGACAUAUAAACAGUUCCGAUAGCGCCCCCUCCACCAGAGUCAUGCCAAUGGAAAAGCUACACAAGAACUGAAACAAAUAUCCAUAAUUGAGGGAAGGGUGGCCACCAGAACAACACUCAAAGACCACAUAACAGACAAUUCCAUUCACCCACACACAUCUGGCAUACCCAAGAGCUCCCCGAGUCCAGUGUAGCCAUUCUACAUCUGAGAGGCUCCCCGAACUGGAGGAUCAGCAGAGACAUCCAAUAAUAACCAUGGUACCCAGACCUUAUCAAAUUUUUUCUGACAUUUCCUACUAACAUACAGGGCAUGGUAUAAUGGGACAUAUUUAUUAACUAAGGCUAUCCACCGGGCCAGAGGGGGUGAGGACCCAUCCUUCCAGGCCAUCACUAUAACUUUACGCGCACAAAGCAAAAGAAGGCGAACCAAAAUGCGUCUAUAAGGGCCUGUCUCCAACCCAUUAAUAACCCCCAGCAAACACACCUCCGGCAUUAAAACAAAAGGGAAUUCUAAGUGAUCCGACAGAAAGGCACAACACAGGAGCAGGUCCAAACCGCAUGUAGAAAAGUGCCCCUCUCUCCCCCACAUCUAAAACAUAUAUCUGACCCAGAGACGCCCAUCCAAUGCAAUCUAACUGGGGUAUAAAACAAAUGAAGGACAAACCUAGAUUGAAUAAGCAUAUUCCGAGCACUAACUACUGUAGGAUAAGACGUCUUAACCACCUCUUUCCACAUAUCCUCGGAAAGACUGGGAAUAUCCUCAACCUACUUCAACUACGCCACCGCAAACGGGUCCAGACCCACUGAUUGCAGCAACGCAUAACUCUGGAUAAGAGGCCUAGCCAGGUCGGUGGUCCCCAGGAGCAGCUCCAAUUCAUUAAAGACGGGUAACCUCCAGGGAACCAAAUUGUGCAAAGACCGCAUGUCGCAGCUGAAGAUACCGGAAAUAGGCAUCAUAUGAGGGACAUUAAAACAAUCCCUAACCUCAUCCCCAAACAAGUGCAUGGCCAACUUGAUUCCCAGGGAGCUCCAAAAACCGGCUGCCUCCCAACUCCCGUAGGUGUUCCAAAUGUGGAUUACCCCACAGGGGUGCUCUUGGAGAGACAGCCAGCUGAGGGAACCAUCCUGUAAGCACCGACCAGACCGCAGCCACCAUCUUAAUAGGGGCUGGAAAGGACAGAGAGGGGACAUACCUGUAUAAUGUAUUAGUCAGCAUCUCAUAAGAACCCAGGAGAGCCCCCUCCAGAGCCGUGAAGGCAUUUGAAAGGUCCAGGUUGAUCCACCAGGCCGCGUACACCAGCUGUGAGGCUAGAAAAUAAUUAUGCAUACUGAGGGCGACUAGUCCCCCCACACCCCACUGCUGUCUCAGCCUUGGAGGUUUAUUCUGCCAGUAGAAAGAUCUCAGAGCCCGGUUAGGUUUAACAAAAUACCCCUCUUAUGUUUCUGUUUGACCAUCUGCUUUUUUAGUAUUGACCACAGGUUUUCAACGGUUUUGCGCUCUAGGGAAUUUCCUGGCAAAAUGUCAAUGUUUAAUUCACUGAGCCACUUUUUGUUCCACAGAUGAAAAGCAACCCCACACCUGAAGGGUCUUAGGAUGCUUUACUGUUGGCAUGACAACGGACUCAUGGUUGUGCUCACUUUUUCUUCUCUGGACAUCUGUUCUUUCAGAUGUCCCAAACAGUUUGAAGGUGGCUUCAUUAGAGAAAAUAACUUUACUUCAGUCAUCUGCAGUGCAUUCCAUGUACUUCCUGCAGAAUGUUUUUCUUAGAGAGAAAUUGCUUCUUUGCUGCCCUUCGUGACACAGGCCUGCCAUCAAAAGCAUUUACCUCACUGUGUGUUCAUGUGCUCUGAUACCUGCCUGCUGCCAUUCCUUAGCAACCUCUGCACUAGUGUUUAACCAAUCACGAAGCUCAGUCCAUUUUAGUCGAAGGUCCUGGCACUUGCUAGUAUCUAGACAUCCUCCAAUGGUAACUUCUUCAACAAUCCAGGAGAAAUUUGGUGAUGAACAAUUCUUUUUCCACCCUGAUGGAGACCAUGUCACAAGGCAAAUGUGAUAAGUGCUUUAGUAAACAGAACAUUGAAAAACUGACAAAUGAAAUUCUUGAAAUGUACUUUAGUAUACUACAGAACCUUCUGACAGAUAUUAAAAGGGUACUCCGGCCCUAAGACAUCUUAUCCCCUAUCCAAAGGAUAGGGGAUAAGAUGUCUGACAGUCAUGCCCCAUCCCAUAGACUUGCAUAGCGGGGGCGGGGCGUGACGUCACACGGAGACGAAGUCGUGACGUCAUGAUACUCCGGCCCCGUGGUUGUCACACGGCAGAUUCUGAUCUGGCUGCGCGGCAUGCAGCUACCCAAGGUGGGUGCUGAAUGCAAGAUUGCGGGGAUCCCCAGCUUUAGCACCCCCGCGGUCAGACAUCUUAUCCACUAUCCUUUGGAUAGGGCAUAAGAUGUCUUAGGGCCGGAGUACCCAAAACCCUGAAGCAGUAAAUGUUGUCAGAACAAAAAUUUGUGUCACUCUCAAAACCUUUGGCUACAACUGUAUCCCCAAACCUCUGCACUGUGUUCCACGAUUUUAUCUUCCCGGCUCCAUAUUUGUGUAUUCUGCAGUACUAACAUAAUAACACAGUUCAUGAGGUUGAAAAAAGACCAGAGUCCAUCAAGUUCAACCUAUAUCCCUAAUGAGUCCCUACUGAGUUGAUCCAGAGGAACGCAAAAAACCAUCAUACUAGAGGUAAAAAUUCCUUCCUGACUCCAAAGAUGGCAAUCAGAAUAAAUCCCUGGAUCAACGUUCUGUCCAUAUAAAUCUAGUAUACAUAACCAGCAAUGUUCUUACUCUCCAAAAAUGCAUUCAGACCCGUUUUUAAAUCUUUUACAGAGUUCACCAUGACCCCCUCCUCAGGCAGAGAAUUCCACAGUCUCACUGAUCUUACAGUAAAAAAUCCCCAUCUGUGCUGGUGUAGAAACCUUCUUUCCUCUAAACGUAGAGGAUGCCCCCUUGUUCUAGAUACAGUCCUGGGUAUAAAUAGAUCAUGAGAAAGAUCUCUGUACUGUCCCCUGAUAUAUUUAUACAUAGUUAUUAGGUCUCCCCUAAGCCUUCUUUUUCCUAAACUAAAUAACCCUAAUUCUGAUAAUCUUUCUGGGUACUGUAGUCCUCCCAUUGCCUGUAUUACUCUGGUUGCCCGUCUUUGAACCCUCUCCAGCUCCACUACAUCUUUCUUGUACACUGGUGCCCAGUACUGUACACAAUAUUCUAUGUGUGGUCUGACUAGUGAUUUGUACAGCAGUAGAAUUAUUUCCUUGUCGUGGGCAUCUAUGCCCCUAUUGAUGCACCCCAUGAUUUUAUUAGCUUUGGCAGCAGCUGCCCGACACUGGUCACUACAGCUAAAUUUACUGUUAACUAAGACUCCCAAGUCCUUUUCCAUGUCAGUCAUCCCAAGUGUGCUCCCAUUUAAUACAUAAUUAAAGCCCGAAUUUUUCCUCCCCAUGUGCAUUACCUUACAUUUAUCAGUGUUGAACCACAUUUGCCACUUCCCAGCCCACAGACCUCCAACCUAUCCAGAUCCAUUUGUAACAGUGCCCUGUCCUCUAUAGUGUUUACCGCUUUACAGAGUUUAGUAUCAUCUGCAAAGAUUGUUACUUUUACUAUUCAACCCCUCUACAAGGUCAUUAAUAAAUAUAUUAAACAGAACAGGACCCCUGUGGUACCCCACUAGUAACAGUCACCCAAUCAGAAUAAGUACCAUUAAUAACCACCCUCUUUUUCCUAUCACUGAGCCAAGUACUUACACACAUUCUCCCCCCACCCCAUCCUUCUCAUUUUAUGCACCAACCUUUUAUGAGGCACCGUGUCAAAUGCUUUGGAAAAAUCCAGAUAUACAACAUCCAGCGAUUGCCCCAUGUCCAGUCUGGAGCUCACCUCCUCAUAAAAGCUGAUCAGGUUAGUUUGACAGGACCAAUCCCUCAUAAAGCCAUGCUGAUAUGGGGUCAUACGUUUAUUUUUAUCACUAUACUCCAAAAUAGCAUCUCUUAGAAAACCCUCAAACAAUUUACAUACAAUGGAGGUUAAACUAAAAGGUCUAUAAUUCCCGGGGUCACAUUUUGUCCCUUUUUAAAUAUUGGUACCACAUUUGCUAUGCGCCAGUCCUGGGGAACAGUCCCUGUUACUAUAGAGUCCUGGAAUAUUAAAAAUAGGGGUCUGUCUAUAACAUUACUUAAUUACUUUUGAACACGGGGGUGAAUGCCAUCUGGACCUGGUGAUUUGUCUGUUUUUGAUUUUUUUGUAGGCGGCUCUGUACUUCUUCCUGGGUUAGACAGGUGACCUGUACUGGGGAGUUUACCUUAUCACACGAUUUACCUGGCAUUUCAGUUACUGUGCCAGAUCUCUAGAUGCUGAGUUGCAGAAAUGUCGCUCUACAUACCUUAUUCUUGUCGGCAACUCCACAGCAUCAAUUUUUGGAUGUUUUGAUGGUAUUAGGCAUUAGCUGUAGAUCAUGAUGUGUGCCCAUGCAUUUAUAUCACUGUCAGAAGGAGUCGAGGAACUUAAAUGUUUGGCUCCCAGAUAAAGUGAUAUUCCGGCAGGAGGCUUUAGCUAGAUUCUAGAUCAUCCGGUACCAUUUAAAUAGAAUUUUAUUGUUCAACUAUUGUCAUUUUAUGGGGCCUCCAAAGGAAAGCAUUGUAGAUACAAGAAGAAAAGGUGAAAACAUGAACCUGUUGACAGUUACAGGAAAAGGCAUUUAAUCCAGCAGCCAAUAAUCCAGAAAGUCUGUCGCAUUCUAGCAUAGAGGAGCAAUAUUCUCUCAGGACUGAGGAUAAAUUAUAAGGGGGGAAAAAAAAACUUUACACUCCCUUUAGGGGACACUUAUUACCUUUUAGAUAUUUGUUCUAAUGGCUGUAGGGGCAAUUGUAAAUAACCCAUCCAAUCACAAUCGCUGACCAUAAGAAUGUAAGGGUGCAUUCACACCACGUUUUUGCUAUACAGUUACCGUUUACGGUUUCAAGUUAAAAACCUUACGGAGCGUAUAGAAAACCGUAUGUCAAACGCAACAUCCGGUUUAGUCCGUUUUGCGUCUUAUACGUUUUUUUUUUACCCGUACCCAAAACCGUAGUCUACCACGUUUUUUGGUCUGGGGGAAAAACCGUAUUAAACCUUAUACGGUUAUUUUUUUAACAUGGGAGUCAAUGGGAACCGUACAGAUCCGUAUGUGAGAACGGUUCCAUACGGUUUUUGACUUUGCACAGUUUUUUUUUCUUGGAAUUUCAAUCAUACAAGUGAAACUUUAUUCAAAAUGCAGUGAAAAGUUAAAAACUUAUACAGUUUUUUCUUAAACGGAUGCACCCAGACAUCAUUUUUAAAACCGUAUACAGGUUGAAAUUUGUACACACGUUUUGAUACAGUUUAUUCAGGUUUUGAGGAAUCAAUUUUUCAUCAAAAACCUGAUACAGGAACGUUAUUGCUAAAACGUGGUGUGAAUGCCCCCUAAUAGAGACUGUGCCUUACUGCUCUCCUGCACAGUUGCACCUCCAGUUCUCCAUAUUCCUGGACGUUUUGUGACGGUCUUGACAGGACUAUGCUACCCUUCUCUCAUUUAUUGACUUUGUCUACUAUGCACUCAUUGAUUCCUGUCUUUCUCCAUGUUAAUCCUGAUUUAAUAUCUCGUGACCUAAGUUCACAUAGGCCUCUCCCGGCAAUGUGCAGUUGUCAUUUUUGUAUGCCUUGAUGUUUUACACACAUCGCUUGUGCUGUAUGAGGGUCUGAUCUGAGUCCAUCAGUGUCUGAAAAUGAAUGUCUGAAUGGCUAUGAGUUUCCCUAUUGGCUUCAUCAAUGUCACCGUUGAUUUAUGCAAUGAAAUGAUGUUGUUUCUGCUUUUGUGAAGAUUUCUGUAUAUAAUAUUUAUUUUAUUUAUUGGCUUAUGUUGAGAUGCUUCUCCUUUCAUACAUCAGGUUUGGCACCAUUCUUACUAGUGCUUUUGUCUGCAGCAGUCAUAUUAUUUUUGGUAAUUGUAGCCUUUUCUGAAAUAAACCAUAUCUCUGUCUCUAAAAUGUUUACAUUGAUGUUCAUUGCUUCAUUUUAUAUGUCUAACACAAAGUGCUAAAUGUUGCUUAUUGUUACUUGUAUUUUGUGUCUUCCAAUUGCAUACAAUUUGGUUGAACGUUUACAUAAGCAAUACGUCCAUUCUCUCCAGUCAUCUGAGAGUGGGGGAACAUGGUGGACAUCUGUGCACCAUCAUACAGUUCACUUAUAGAAUUUAGCUGCAUAAACAAUACCAAGAACAAUGUGUAGGGUUGAUGUCAUAAGUCAUUUAAAACUUGUUUAAGAGAUCUACUUUGCACAUAAUACAAGCAAUUUUCCAACAUAUGUAUACAAUUUAUAAAUUUAUAUAUCAAAUUUUCAGUGGGACAGAAGUCUUUGGGAAAGAUUUAUCAAAACAUGUGCAGAGGAAAAGCUGACCAGUUAGUUACUCAUAGCAACCAAUCAGAUUGUGUAAUUUUUUCUUUAAUUAACUUUUUUUUUAUUUUUUUAUUUUUUUUUAGAGGUCCUAUUAAAAAUGAAAGAAGCGAUCUGAUUGCUUACUAUGGCCCACUGGUUAGCUUGUCCUCUACACAGGUUUUGAUAAAUCUUCCUCAAAGACAUUUUUGGAGGAAUGUCUUCUGGUCUACUUGGCCCAAAUGACCAUUGUUAUGUAUAAAGGAAAAAGGUGGAAGCUCGCAAGCCAAAGAACACCAUUCCUAACGUGAAGUUCAGGGCUGGUAACAUCAUGUUGUAAGCGUG